GAUAACUUUAAAGGUACUGCUACUUGGUAUAAACCUGCUACUGAAGGUGGCUCAGAAGGCGCCUGUCAUGGUGUACACAUUGACAAUGACUCUCCUUAUGUCGCACUUAACCGCCCUCAAUACGGCAGCCUCAGCUCAAAUUCAAAAUGGUGUGGAAAGAAAAUCAAGAUUAAGGGACCUGCAGGUACAGCAACUGCCACCAUCAUGGAUGCCUGUCCAGAAUGCGAAAGUGGUGACCUUGACUUGACUCCCUCGCUCUUUAAAAAGGUUGUUGGUGACAUGAAUAAGGGUGUCGGUUCCAUUAGUUGGGAAGUUGUAUAA